ACGUGGACGAGUGUGCGACCGGCAUGGCCAUAUGUCCCCGGUUCCGUAAGUGCAUCAACACAUUUGGGAGUUACAUCUGUAAGUGUCACGAGGGCUUCGACCUGCAAUACAUCAACGGGAAGUACCAGUGCGUAGAUGUGGAUGAGUGCUCCUCAGGCCAAAACCAAUGCAGCAGUUUCGCCACCUGCUAUAACACGCCUGGUUCCUACAAGUGCAAGUGCAAAGACGGCUACAGGGGGAUGGGCCAUGACUGCAAAC